AUGUCAAUGUUGUCAAUAUUCAAAAGGAGUAAUUUCAAACAAUCAACACAUUUUGUUAUCUUCUGUUUUUUCUUAUAUAAACUUACUGAAACACUGUUACAAUAUGGUACACGUAUUGAAAUCUACAAAACUGUAUGUACAUCAUUAACAAAUUCUACAAAAACUGAUCAAAAUUUCUGUUCUGAUCAUAAUAAUGUUGAUAAUGUUAAACAAGUGAAUGUAAAUGAAUAUGAAACAUUAAGAAAAAUACAAAGAUUAUCAGGAAUUUAUUUAUUAACUUAUCGUAUACUAUUGAAUUUCCCUGCUGUUAUUGCAUGUAUUAUCUAUGGUAUCUGUUCAAAUAAAUUUGGUUGUAAAAUAUCUAUGAUUAUUCCGUGUUUAGGUGCAACAAUUGCUUGUACACUAUUCUGUGCUAGUCAAUUACCAAAUAUUAUUUUAAUGAAUAAAUCUAUUAUAUUAAUAUUGAUUGGUGGAACAAUUUAUGGUGUAUGCGGUAAAAGUAGUGCAGUUACUAUGGGUGCAAAUACUUAUAUUACUGAUUUGAGUAGUAUAGAUAGUCGUACACUUAUGCUUGGACGUUUACUCGGUGUUAAUUGUCUCGGUUUAUCUAUAGGUACAAUUUUAUUGGCGAUAUUUUUAACUUUCUUAAGUUACAAUGAAAUAAUUAUAUUUUGUAUUGUAAAUAAUUUAUUUAUUGUUUUAAUUUUGUUAUUUUUUGUCACUGAUUCAAAGUGUACAGAGAAUACUCCAAUAUUAUUAUGUGAAGAUUCCUCAUCUACAUUAUCAUUGAAUAAACAAAUCAUAUAUUCAAAUGAAGAGAAAACAAGCACCAUGUCAACUAAUCAAAAACAAUAUCAUUGUGAUAGUAUCCAUAACUCUACAGAAAUAUCUUGUCAAACCAGUAUUAGAAUGAUAUUUGAACAGUUAAAACAAUCAUAUGAGUUUUUAUUUAAAAAAUAUCAAAAUGAAAAACGUAGACUAUUAUUGAUUCUUCUAGGCACUGUAUUAUUUAAUCAAAUGGUAAAGUCAGGUGAACAAGAUACAAUUCUGCUUUAUUUACGCAAUGAACCAACUUUAUGGACUAGUCAACUAUAUAGUUAUUAUAUGGCAUGUUAUUAUGGUUGUAUGUUUAUUCAUUUGACCUUGAUUCUACCAAUCAUUGAGCAGAGGUAUGCACCACAUGAUAUAACCUUGAUUUUGAUUGGUUUAUCAUUAAAAAUAUUUCGUUUAUUACUAUUUAGUAUGACAACAAAUAAUAGCUGGAUAUUUUUUGGUGCUAUAAUCGGUUCAGCUGCUGGUUAUAUUACAUCAGCUACACGUUCAUUAAUUAGUAAACUUGUAAAAGGUGAUGAAAUCAGUGCAUCAUUUGCUCUUAUUUCAAUUAUGGAAACAAUUGCAAAUUUAUUUGGUGGAUUUCUAUUUACAAUGAUUUAUAAUUAUACACUUACCUUUAUUUCAUCUUUUAUUCUAAUUAUCGACGCCUUUUUACAUAUUCUCAUAUUCAUCUUAUUUAUUUGGUUACGUUCUAAAUUUAUGUUAUAUGAGAAAAGCUUAAAUGAUAUACAAAAUUAUCUAGAUCAUGUAAACUAGUUGUUAUAAAGACUAUCAGACUUUGUAACGCAUUGAAUAUUGAACAAGUUCAAAUAACAAUGUACAAACAAGAAUCAUGACUAAAAAGUAAUUAAAUAGGCAAGUAAGUAGCAAAUUCCAUUAUUCACUUACUAAGAAAUUAACAAUAUAUCUAUAAACUUACUGAAUUCUCUUCAUUUUAUUUUGUCAUAUUCAGAUGAAAAAUAUAUUUUAUUGUAAAAAUGUUUUGUUUAUUUUCUUCUUAUGAGCACUAACUACAUCUCAUUAUUAUACAAACUGAACUGAUCAUCAACUUAUCUAUGUUAUGUACACGUUUAUCGAUAUUCUAUUUUAAAUGUCUAUGUACACUUGACUAAUGGAAAGGGGACCGGGUAGAACUGUUAUCUUUUGUUCAAGUUCAGUGACUUCAUCAUAUACAUAUAUAUAUAUAUAGGUCUUGUUUAAAGAGCUGCCAGA